AGAUCUAGAUAAGUGCGUUGCUAGGUUCGUUGCUCAGGAACGCUGCCUAUUGAAAACUACAUUGAAAACCCAUUAUAUUUUAUUCUACUAUUGAAAUUGUAAUUUCUUUUCAUAGCGUUGAAAACAUAGAGAGUCUACUUAUAAAGGCAAGCAAAAACUUUUGUUCAAACAUGCUUGAGAAACAAAACUCUUGCAGUAUAGACAACUUGUCCAUCUUUGAUGAAGAGUUCCCUGAUAAUGUCUCCAUAAGUGAUCUUUGUGAUUGUGGGCGUCACAAAAGACAGCAUGCUCACAAGGCCACCCAAGAUCAGCACAAGGAGCCCUUUCCAAAGUCAGACUACAUGUCUACUUUUCAAGCCAUUCAGCAUCCUCGUCCUAGAUCAUCCAAAAGACCUCCUGCAGUACACUGGGAUCCCAGGCUUCCUCCCAUGUACAUUUCAACAAAUCAAAAAGAUGCUUUCAAAGACUUGGGAAAUGUGGAAAGAGUGAAACCAAUAAUUCACGCUGAUAAGUAUGAGCCAUCUACAGAACCGCUAGAUGGAGUUACUUGGUAUUCUCAAGAGUUUACUCCUAAGAAGAUAGUCAAUGAGACAGCUGUGCGUCCAUCUUCUAGAAGAAACCUUAUUCAUCUUGAGCCUGGCCAGUUUGAUGAUAUGACAACCAACAAAAAACAUUAUAGGAGAUGGGUACCACAGCCAAAUCUGAGUUUUAGUGAACUACCAAGCUUUACUGGCUCCAUAUUAUUCCCGGACAAAGAAAAUUUACCUGUGACAACAACAAGAGAUACAUUCAAAGGAAUAUUUGCCCCACCUCCAGCUCAGAUGAAAAUGCCACCUCCUAGCAUAAAAAUUGAAGGAGAUCAUUUCUUCGACACAACUCAUAAAUCCACUUACAAGCAAAUUGAAGGUGAUCAUCGCUCUAGGCAAGUUGUUCAAAAAGAAACAAUGCCACAAAGAAAAGGUUUAUUUUUUGGAGUGACACAGACACAGGAAGAUUUUCCAGGUUUCAAAGGCCACCAACCACGGCCACCAAGGCCAGUGGACCCUCCCCAACCUACAAUAGAUCUUAAAUUUGAUAACAAACAAAAUUUCUCUACAGAAAAUAGGUCAAUAUUUCGAGGUCAUGAUGUAAGUGAACAUCCUGCAGCACCAUCUUGUAAGAAAGUUGAAGAAGAAUACAAAGUACCCUCUGUCAAGUUUGAGACAGAAACAAGCCAAAAGAGAGACUUUCAGCCCAUAGAUCUGAAAGCUGCAGAAAAUGUCAGGAUUUCAUUUCCCAUGUCUAAGUUGUCUCUGUCAGCAGAUGCUAAGUUUGAUGGUAGGACAAUGAAUCAUGAGUUGUUCCAGGACUGGGGUGUACAGCCCAGGGUCAGAUAUGGAGACUUUCAUGAAAAUCGUCCGUACAUACCCAGCAAGAAUCCAUUCACCAGCCAGAGUGUUACACAGUCAACAUUUGUUCCUAAACCUUUAGAGACUAUAUCUAGACCUAAGCCACAAGAUCGACCAAUAUCCAAGAGUGGGGAGGUUAAUUUCAAAACAGUAUACCAAGAGGAGUACCAGAAGAAGCAGGCUAGGAUGUGCAGGGCUCAGGUUUACCUGAUUCAACAGGAGCUCAAACGACGGAAGAAAGAAGCACAACAGAAGAAGCUGCUGGAGUCGGAGCCAGCACGUGAGAAAUGUGUCUCAGCACCAAACAAACCUUUUGUUGCAGCAAGUUUAAACACCAAGGCUGUGGCUUAAGUCCUGAAUUCUUAGCACAGAACUUUUCAGCCUCUUGUCGCAGCAAGGAAAUGUUGUUUUAAGAGAAUAAUUAUUAAAUGUUUAAGGUCUUAGUAGCUGUUACAAAUUAUUGCUGUAAUAAAUGUUUACAAAAAGCAAUAAGAUUGUGUCCGUAAACAAACAAGCCAUUUACUAUGAUGUAUAUUGUAAAUAGGUUUAUCGCACUAUUUUUUUUAAUGAAAAAAGAAUAACUUUUAUAACCAUAUUAUUACUUAUAAGAUCCUAGAUAUUUUUAAUCAUUAGUCAGUAUAAGUGGAUUAAAAUAACAGGCAUAUGAUAAGAAGCCAAUAUCAUUAGUAAAUCAUUAUAUAAAAAUAUACAAUACAAAUUGUUGUCCAAAAUCUACAUUUUAUUAUUUUAAUCUACUAAAUGGAACUCUAAAUUGGUGCUGAAACAAUGUCUUUUAAAAUUUCACCAAUUAGUAUUAGACACCCUUUCGCUGUGUUUUGAAUAUAAUGUUGACUAUGCCUAAUAAACAUUGCUGUGUAUUGACUGGAGUGUUGACUAUGUUCUGGCGAAGGUAACAACUAAUUCCAGCUAUCCAACUAAACACAGGGGAAAGGGUGUCCAAUAUAAGAUAAAAAAUUUCACAUAAAAAUAAAGUAAAAAAAAAAUGUUCCUUUUAAAAUUUUUAAUAUAUAUUAUUUUAUGUGAUAUAUUUUAUGUUUAAUAUUGUAUCUCAUAAAUACAAUUUUAAUGUUUUAUUAUAUUUUCUUUAAUUAUAUCAUUAAAGCUUUUAGUAGUUGUGUUAAAUGUGAUUUGUUAUGGCAAUUCAUCAAAUUAUGAGGCUGUGAGCUAUUCAACAUUUGUUUUGAGCUGUUCAGCUUGUAAACUUUGUGCCACAUAAAUGCUUUUAUUUUUUUUUUUAUGUAUACAUUUAUGUUGUCUAACACUGGACAGUAUUAUACACUACUUAGUGUAAGUUACAAAGUUUUUUUUUAAAUUUAUAUCUAUACACAGAAAAAUGUUGUAACAGCAUAUCUACUUGAUCACCUUAAAUGCCAUCAACUUAGAUUUUUUAAAGAGAAACUUAGCUAUAUUUUAUAUUUAUAAUAUAGAGACUAAAUCUUAGUUACAGUAUCAGCAUUGUACAUUAUUUGCAUGCAAACAGAAAUACAUAAAAGCAGCUUGUAGGGACAAUUUAAAUUUGAGAAUCAUUACCUUUAAAGAAACAGAACAAAAUAUUUUUCGUUGUAAAUCUAUUGUUUUACUUUUUUUUUUGUUUCUCAAAGCUUGUCCUAUACUCUAGCAGGGCACAGUAUCCAAAAAAAAAAAAAUAGAAAUUUCUACAUUGAUGAUGAUCAAGUCAACUUUACAUUUUUCCUCUUGUAAAUAUAUGUAAUAUGUGUUAUAUUUCAAUUGGUAUUGUAUUGCUAGUAUUGUAAUCAUUGUUGGUAUAGUACUGCAUCCUUCAAAGUUCAAAUACUCCAAGCAUUAGCUAAAGGAAUAUAGUACAAGUUACUGUGUACAGAGUUGAUAUUACUUUCGAUACAUUUUUUAAAAUCCUAUAUCUCAUAGUGGCGUGGUGGCUGAGUGGUUAAGCGGUUGGCUUCUGAACCUAGGGUGCUGGGAUUGAAUCUCGGUGAAGACUGGGAUUUUGAGUUUUGGGAUUUUAUGGGUGCCCUUGAGUCCACCCAACUCUAAUGGGUACAUGACUUAAGUUGGGAAAAGUAAAAGCAGUUGGUCGUUGGGCUAGCCACAUGACACUCUCAUUAACCGUGGGCCACAGAAACAGAUGAACUUUACAUCAUCUGCCCUAUAGAUCGCAAGGUCUGAAAGGGGAACUUUAAAUAUCACAUGUAUUAUAAAGCAGAAAUGAACGUUGUUAAAAAAAAACUAAAAGAUUAUUUUUACUACUAUACAGUAUACAUUUACAUACAUACAUGUAUUUAUACAAUAAUUAAAAGUAGGCAGUGGGGAUUAUCUCUCAUAAUUUUUACAACUAAAUGACUUGUAUUUCAAAAGGCAGUGCAGGAUUUAUCUAUAACUUAGGGACCCUAAUAAAUAUUAGGAAACCAAUAGCCCCAUAUUUCCAAUAACUUAGAGCCUUUCCUAGUCUAAAUAAGGCACUGUUAACAAAAGGCCUCAGACAACCAAGUCCAGCACAUAACCUGUGGUGACACAAGCAGAUGAAGGGGUUUGGUAAAACUUGGUGUUUCUGGCCUAUUUCGUUCCAAACACAUAUUUUAUGAUGUAAAGGUUUCAGCAGUCAAACAAAAAAUUCAUUUGGAUCAUGCAGGAUAGGUUGAGACCCAGGGCCAUGACUUAUCAUUCUAUCCUAGGGAACAUGAAUGAAAUAUUGUCCCUUGAGAUAGAAGAACCCUCACCCAAGUCAAGUACACAUUCAUACUGGUAAUCACAUAUGCCUCCGUGAUCUAAUUACCAUCACUAUAUCCAGUAUUACAUAUAUCAAGUAAAAUAUAAAUUAUUUCUAUAACACUCUUGUUUUCAAUCAAGCAUUAUACCAAUAUUUAUAUUUAGCAUUAUACCAAGAGAAAGGUAGCCAUUUAUUGUUGUCCAGUACUUCUAGAUUUUUUUGAGAAUUAAAAAUGCCUUUAUGUUUUGUAUGAUAGAUACCUUCAGUUCCACAAAGAGAAAACUAAAUCAAGUAAUUUUUAAUUGUGUUGAUAUAUUUUAAAAAAUGUUUAAUUUCAAAAUGUAAUAUAAAUCUAUAUUUUAUGUUGAUUGUUCCAUUCAGAAACAGCAUACAAUCACUCUUUUUUGUGGGGCUUGUGUUUGACAUUUCAAAAUUGUAUUUAUUUAUUGUCAGUGCCUUUACAAAAUUUUCAAAACUGUGUAAAAUAAUUGUUGUAAAAUUGUGCAUUUUUUUAUUUGUGUGCUCUAUUUACAAGAUUGAGAUUCAAAACAUAUGUCUCAUUUAUAAUGUAUUCAAUGUAGUAGAUGAAGUCUUUUCAGUGCCAUUUGAAAACCUUGAAAAAAUUGUAAGCCAAAACUGAUCCUAAUAUGAAUCUAUUUUGAUGUGAAAACAAAUAAAUAAAUCAGUAUUUGUAACUAAAUGAUAAGUUAUUUUUCUAAGUAUUAUUAAUAUAUAUCAGAAUUGUGUCUAAAAAUCUUGGAACCAAUGAAGGGUAAAAAACCAUAACUAUUUGUAGGACUGUCAUCUUCAUGACACAAGUGACUUGGUUAUUUAUAUUACUUGUGGUUGGAGAAAUCUCAUUCUUUUUAAUUAUUUCUCUUAUUUUAAAAGAAGAAAUUGAUAGCAUUAAAUAUCAAAUAUUAUCUUUCUGAAAAUGCUUUAAAAAAAAUAUGACAACAAUAACAUUAUAAUGGCGAAACUUAUGAGCACAACUCACAUAUUUAAUAGAAAGAAGGCAAAAAAAAGUAAUUUAAAAAUUAGUUUAUUAACUUUCAAAAUUGAUACUGCUAUUUGAUACAAACAGCAAACAUUUCAAGAUGACAGAGCAAUUAUUGUAUUUUAACCAGUGGUCUAGCCAAGUGACACUAUUUCAAUUUUUUUUGUUUAAAGUACACACAUCAAACUCAACUCUUUGAUGAAUUGGGAUAGACGCCCAAUACAUAUCCCACUUUUCAGGCUAUAUUUUUUUUUCACUCAAUAUAAAAGCCAAGCACACAAAAUUCUUAAUUAUUGUCAAAUAUAUAAAUAGUAGUUUAAUAAAAACCGACCUAAAGCCAAUGUUAUACUAAACUUUAGAUCCUGUAACAGUAGUUAAGCUGAAUAACAAUGUAUCUAAAGCCAAUGUUAUACUUUAGACCCUGUGACAGUAGUUUAUUUAACUUAUAUUACUUUUGAUGGUAUGGGCUGAAUAUUGAAACUAACAUUUUCUUUUAGUGCAAGCAGUGUCCAAGACCCUGAACCCAAUAAUCCUUUCCACUGAUCUACUGCUGUGUACUUUGAUUAGAUGCACUUUUUUUU